GUGUCACCCUGUAUCUAUGGUCAUGUGUCACAAGACAAUUCAGGAAGUGCCUGGCAGACAAAGCUUAACAAAACGCAAUGAAGAUACGAGUAAUUUAGCGGAUAAAAAACAGUGUCAGUGCCGAAUAGAAGACAAUUAAUGUGGAUGUUACCGGAACCCGUAACUAAACGAAUGUUACCAACAUGGAAAGAGCUGUCAAAAUCGUCCUUUUCUCAGUCAUCUUCUUGGCAUCGCAGAUAAACUGCCAAGAGGCCAUCUUGCACAUUUCAGAUGGGAAUACAGAGAAAGAUUACUGCAUUGUCCACAAUCACUCCUGGACGCCCCUGUCACAAACCCUGGAUGCUGCUUUGCUGUAUCCACUGGUGAAUUUAACCUCCACCCUACUGUGUAACACCUCUGGGGUCAAUCCAGAUUUGGUAAAUGGCAAAGCAGUGGUGGUCAUGAGGGGAGACUGUGUCUUCAGCCAGAAAGCUCUGGUUGCUCAGAGCCUCAACGUCACAGCUUUACUCAUUGCCAGCAACAAACCAUUGAUCACUCCAUCAGCCAAUGACUCUCAGUAUGCAAAGGUCCAUAUUCCUCUGGCUCUCAUGAGGUACAGGGACUUCCUCGAAGCACAGCAGGUGUUUGGUGAUGGGAUGCAGGCGAAGCUUUAUGCUCCUCCUUACUCAAAGAUCGAUGCAAGCAUUGCGGUCAUGCUACUCAUUGCCAUCUUCACGAUCACCUUGGGUGGAUACUGGAGUGGGACAUGUGAGAGAGACCGAUUGAACGGUGUGUCAGGGGGAGGGGGAGAGAGCAAAGCAGACAGCGGAGAGCUUUUUCUCUACUCUCCUCUCAAAGUGGUCUUCUUUGUUGCCUUGAUGUGUGGGAUGCUGGUGCUCAUGUACUUCUUCUACAGUGUGCUGGUUUAUGUCAUCAUCGUCAUUUUCUGCCUGGCGUCUGCCUCUGCACUCUUCAGCUGUUUCGAUGCAGUGUUGGAUUUAAUUGGUUGUCCCACUGGGAGCUUCUCCAUCCGAAAUCACAACUUCUCAGUGAGGUCCAUGAUACUGGCUGCUGUGUGCAUUAGCAUCGCUGUGGUCUGGGGGGUGUACAGGAAUGAGGACAGAUGGAUCUGGAUCUUGCAGGACCUCCUUGGCAUUGCUUUCUGCCUCAACUUCAUGAAGACCAUUUCACUGUCCAACUUCAAGAUCUGUGUGAUUCUGCUGAGCCUCCUGCUUUUGUAUGAUGUCUUCUUCGUUUUCAUCACUCCUUUCUUCACAAAGAAUGGAGUGAGCAUCAUGGUGCAGGUUGCUCUGGGCCCGGAUGCUUCAGGAGAGAAGGCGCAAGGUAACAUGGUGGAGGUCCCCGCUGAACCCCAGGCUCCCUCAGAGAAACUGCCGGUGGUGAUGCGCGUCCCACGGUUCUCAGCCUGGGCACAGAACCUGUGUGUGAUGCAGUUCUCCAUCCUGGGUUACGGAGACAUCAUUGUUCCAGGUCUCCUGGUGGCCUACUGCAGCAGAUUUGAUGUCUGGAUCAACAGCAGCAGGAAGGUGUACUUCGUCAGCUGCUGCAUCGCCUAUCUGCUGGGAAUGAUCCUGACCUUUGCAGUGAUGCUGCUGUCGGGGAUGGGACAGCCCGCCUUACUCUACCUGGUGCCCUUCACCCUGAUAACCUGCGCGGUGGUGGCUGCAUGCCGGGGAGAGAUGAGGCAGUUUUGGGCAGGAACCACCUAUGAGGUGAGAUCUCAAGGUCUUGGACUCAUCCAGGGAGCCUUUACUGCCAGAGGGAAGAACUGACUGCGGCAUAGAAGGAGAAAGAUGCUGAUUUACAGUUUUGAUGAUGGACCCUACUGCUGAAGGCCAUUUCUUUUUCUUCUUUUUUUACAUUUUAAUAUUCAAUUUGCAAAGCAGGGGAAACCCAUGUAAACGGAUUCUUUCAAUAUGGGUUCAUUGGACUCCUUAGAUUUGUUGUAACGCUAAUAAAUAUUGUGUAGGCUUGUUUAGUGCCUGAAAGGUCUGUUAGGCUCACGUUCAGAAAACGUCUUCGACUUUGCCUUGGUGAUGAUUGAAUAGAACAAAAUGAGAAUGCACUUUAUAAUAUUCAGCUUGGAGGUUGGUUCAUAAGGGGUAGGGUGGGUUUGAAAUUACUUAGCUCCAAUAUGUGCUUUUUUGAUAACUGUUUUGGGGUUCAUGUGUAACCUGUUUGUAUGAUGUGAUUUAUUUCAUUGCCUUAUAUUAAAUGACCUUAUAUUUAA